GCCGGCUUUGCGGAGGGCGGCGGUGUUCCUUGGUCCCUCACCUGGCAGCACUUCGCAAAGGAGCAGGAGGGCGUCUAAGGCUGACUUCCGCGGGUUGCAAAGAGCCGCGAGCCUCCCUGUUAGGACUGAGUGUGACAGUCAGCCGGAGUCUGGGGUCAGCUGGGUCUUCAGGAUCCCGGGAUGGCGGCGGCGUUCAUGGACCCGGCGCAGGUGUCUGUGACUUUUGAAGAUGUGGCUGUGACUUUCACCCAGGAAGAGUGGAGGCAGCUGGAGCCCGCUCAGCAGAACUUGUACCGGGAGGUGAUACUGGAAGUCUGUGGGCUCCUGGUCUCGCUGGGGUGUCCUGUUCCCAGACCUGAGCUGAUCUGCCAUUCGGAGCACAGGCCGGAGCUGUGGACAGUGAAGAAACACCUCUUCCAAAGCACCUGUCUAGAUGACAAAAGAAAACACAAGAACACAGAACCUAACACAUGUGAGCCAGCCCUGUCUGAGGGGGCUUCACUCCAGGGACAACUAAACCAAGGAGCCUCAGGAGACUCCCAGCUGGUACAAGCCAAGGAUCAGGAUGGGGCAUCAGGAAGGCAGGAAGGACACUUGAGACAAGGGGUUGACUUCCAGAGCAAGAAGCUUCCUGGGAAAAUGAUCCCUGAAGAUGGUGUUUUAGGGACAGCUGAAGACCUGUGUUCCUGGAGUGUACAGGAGCAAGCUGCUCCAGGAAGCACUGUCGGUGAGCAGAACUCCCAUGGGCCAGGUAAAUGUCCCAUGAUUCCGGAAGAAGAAAAUACCUUUAAAUGCAGUGAAUGUGGGAAGGUGUUUAACAAGAAACGCCUCCUUGCUCAGCAUGAGAGGAUUCAUUCUGGGGUGAAGCCCUAUGAAUGCACAGAGUGUGGGAAGACCUUCAGCAAGAGUGCAUACCUCCUUCAGCAUCACAUGGUCCACACUGGGGAGAAGCCCUAUAAGUGCAUGGAGUGUGGGAAGGCCUUUAAUCGUAAGUCACACCUCACGCAGCACCAGCGGAUUCACAGUGGAGAGCAACCUUACAAGUGCAGUGAAUGUGGGAAGGCCUUCACUCACCGCUCCAGUUUCGUCUUACAUAACAGAAGCCACACUGGGGAAAAACCCUUUGUGUGCAAAGAAUGUGGUAAAGCUUUCCGAGACAGGCCUGGUUUCAUCCGCCACUACAUCAUCCACAGUGGGGAGAAUCCCUAUGAGUGCUUCGAGUGUGGCAAGGUCUUCAAACACAGGUCCUACCUCAUGUGGCACCAGCAGACUCAUACUGGGGAGAAGCCCUAUGAGUGCAGUGAGUGUGGGAAAGCUUUCUGUGAGAGUGCGGCCCUGAUUCACCACUAUGUCAUCCACACCGGGGAGAAGCCCUUUGAGUGCCUAGAGUGUGGGAAAGCCUUCAACCACAGGUCAUACCUCAAGAGGCACCAGCGGAUUCACACCGGGGAGAAGCCUUACGUGUGCAAUGAAUGUGGGAAAGCCUUCACCCACUGCUCUACGUUCAUCUUGCAUAAGAGGGCCCACACUGGAGAAAAACCUUUUGAGUGCCAAGAGUGUGGGAAAUCCUUUAGCAAUAGAGCAGACCUCAUUCGGCACUUCAGCAUCCACACUGGAGAGAAGCCCUAUGAAUGCGCAGAGUGUGGAAAGGCCUUCAACCGCAAGUCGGGCCUCACAAGGCACCAGCGGACUCACAGCGGAGAGAAGCCCUACGAAUGCGUCGAGUGUGGGAAAUCCUUUUGUUGGAGCACAAAUCUCAUUCGCCACUCCAUUGUCCACACUGAAGAGAUGCCCUAUGAGUGCAGUGAAUGUGGAAAGGCCUACCGUCGCAGCUCAUCCCUUAUUCAGCAUCAAAGGAUGCAUACUGGGAGAAACCCUGUCAAUGCAGCAGAAGUAGGAAGACCUUUUGCAAGUGAGCAAACCUCUGUCAGCAUCCAAAAACUACUUUUGGGGAGUGACUUCUUGAAUGUAACUACUAAAGAAAAUCUUUUGCAGAAGGAAACAUCUUGUGUGCUGUCUGACCAUUCUUAUCACAGAGAAACCCCACAAGUGUGCGUCACCGCAGCCACCGACUGCGGUUCACCUUGCGUGUUCUCCGUAACCUCCUCCCUGAGACUCCCUGGCAUCGUUUUCUGCAUCCUUUUCGGAAAAGAUCCUGAAAAGGAGGCAACGAGACCUGGCGGAAGACUGCGCUCCGAAAGUUUCCUCGCAGCUGGCCGGCUCUGCGGGAAAAGACUACAUUACCCAGAAAGCAUUGCCGCGUACGGCCGCGGCGUGCUCCGCUCGGGGACCGCCCGGGACAGGAGCGAUCCCUGCGGCCCACGCGAGCGGAGGCGGGACUUCCGGCUCCCCGGCGGAAACGUCAUCUUCCAGUGCCGGGCUGUUCCUGACAGCAGCGUGUCUGUAGCUGGGACCUCAGCCUGCACACCCGCCCUCUGUGUCCACCGCGGACGCGGUGCCGUGCGCUCUGUGCGCGUUUGGCACGGAGGCUGGGUUUCUGAGUGCGACAGCCGACCGAGGUCACUGCACCCAGGGCAGAGAAGGGCUGGGGGUCAUCUGCGCCCCGCUGGGUCCUCAGCGUCCCGGGAUGGCGGCGGCGUUGAUGGACCCGGAGCAGGCAGCUAUGAUAUAUCACCUCAUUUAUUUGUGAAGUCCUUAGAGUUUGGUCCUAUUAUCAUCAUGCUAACUGAGGUUCAGCUACAUGCCCCUGGUCACUGCAGUCAGUUCUUAAGGUAUCAGAAACUAGCAACCACUUCUUAUCCUAAGCGUCAAAGGCAAACAUUACUACCCCUGACUUUCCAGGUGUCUGUGACCUUCGAGGAUGUGGCCCUGACAUUCACCCAGGAGGAGUGGGGACAGUUGGAUGUGGCUCAGAGGACCUUGUACCAGGAGGUGAUGCUUGAAACCUGUGAGCUUCUGGUCUCCCUUGGCUGUCCUUUGUCCCAGCCAGAGCUUAUCCACCAGAUGGAGCACAACCCGGAGGUAUGGAUGGCAAUGAAAGAGCUCUCCCAGAGCUUCUGUCCUGUUCACUCCCAUAAUGCCUGCAAUGUCCAGGGUCCCGAAGAUAGGAACUUGGAACUCAAUCCAGGUCUUCCAUGUGAAUUGCAGAGAUCCAUGUUAUAUGAGCUUUCAUUGCUGCCUCCCAAGGUCUUCAUUAGCAGGAAGAUGGAAUCAGGAACCAGGAAUCAAAUCCAGGUGUUCCCAUAUAGGAGUACUAUAAUUCUGUUUUCUGGUGAGAACACAAAACCUAAAGCCACAGAGCCCAACCCUUUGUUCCUGCAUGAGAAAGUCUCAUUCCGGGAACAUCUGAUAGAGGAAGCCUCAAGGGAUUCCCUGUUGGUACACUCCAAGGAUCAGGAUGGGCCAUCUGAAAUUCAGGAGGGACACUUGAGACCAGGGAUGGACACCCAGAGGGAGUGGCUCCCUGGGAAAAGGAGCCCGGAACAUGGUUGUUUAGAGACAGCUGAUGUUUGUUCAGGGAUUGUACAAGAGCAAGUCUCUGCAGAAGAUGCCAUCUGUGAUAGUGACUCUAAUGGACCAGUUACAGAUCCCCUGAUUCAUGAAGGAAGAAAUCUCUAUAUAUGCAAGGAAUGUGGGAAAGUGUUUAACAAGAAUUGCCUCCUGACACGGCAUGAGCAGAUGCACAGUGGGGUGAAACCCUACAGAUGUCUAGAAUGUGGGAAAACCUUUAGUAAGAGCACACAUCUUCUUCAGCACCACAUCAUCCACACUGGGGAGAAGCCCUACAAGUGCAUGGAGUGUGGCAAGGCCUUCAACCGCAGCUCACACCUUGUACGGCACCAGCGGAUCCACACAGGGGAGAAACCUUACAAGUGUGGUGAAUGUGGAAAGGCCUUCACCCACCGCUCUACUUUUGUCUUGCACAAGAGGAGCCACACUGGAGAAAAACCUUUUGUGUGCAAAGAGUGUGGCAAAGCCUUUCGAGAUCGGCCAGGUUUUGUUAGACACUACAUUAUUCAUACAGGAGAAAAACCCUAUGAGUGCCUUGAGUGUGGGAAGGCCUUCAACCGUCGGUCAUGCCUCACAUGGCACCAACAGAUUCACACUAGAGUGAAACCCUUUGAGUGCAACGAAUGUGGGAAAGCAUUUUGUGAAAGUGCAGACCUCAUUCAGCACUACAUCAUCCACACCGGGGAGAAGCCCUACAAGUGCAUGGAGUGUGGGAAGGCCUUCAACCGCAAGUCACACCUCAAGCAGCACCAGCGGAUCCACACUGGGGAGAAGCCGUAUGCGUGCGGUGACUGUGGAAAGGCCUUCACCCACUACUCCACUUUUGUCUUGCAUAAGAGGACUCACACAGGAGAAAAACCCUAUGAGUGCAAAGAAUGUGGGAAAGCUUUCAAUGAUAGGGGCGACCUUAUCCGACACUUCAGUGUCCACACUGGUGAGAAGCCCUUUGAGUGCACGGAGUGUGGGAAAGCCUUCAACCGCAGGUCGCACCUCACCAGACACCAGAAGAUUCACAGUGGAGAGAAGCCCUAUGAAUGCAUUGAGUGUGGGAAAGCUUUUUGCCGGAGUGCAAACCUUAUCCGACACUCCAUCAUCCACACUGGCGAGAAGCCCUAUGAGUGUAAUGAGUGUGGGAAGGCCUUCAAUCGCAGCUCAUCCCUCACUCAUCAUCAGAGGAUUCACACUGGGAGAAACCCUCCCAGCAGAACAGAGGUGGGAAGAUCCUUUGCAAGUAUGCAAGCUUCAGUCAUCCCAGAACUCGUGUUAGGGAGUGACUUUUUGAAUGUCACCACUGAGAAAAAACUGUGGUCAGAGGAAACAUCCUACUCAGCCUCCAGUCAUUCAUACUGAAGAGAAACUCCAUUAGCAUCAUAGAUAUUGGUCAUUGAAAGGGUGCUGUUUGGCCCAGCCUAGAAUUUGUUUCUGCCUCUCAGAAUUCAUCCAUGAGAAGGACCCAGCGGUUAUUACUGUUAUGUGCUCUUAGGAAAACCUUUGGCCGAACCUGUACUCUUGGUUCACAGUACAGUGUUCUCUCAGGGAUUUCUAUUUAUACUUUUUAAAAAAAUUAUUUAUUCAGGAGAGAGAGCUCUCAUAUUUGCUGGUUUACUUCCCAGAUGCCUGAAAUGGCUGAGCCUGGGACAAGGCCAAAGCCAGGAACCAGGAACUCAAUCAAGGUCUCCUGCAUGGAUGGCAAGAACCCAGCUGCUUGAAGCUGGAGGCAGGUUUUGAACCCAGGCACUCAGAUAUGGGUUGCGGGCAUCUUAACCACUAGGCUGAAUGCCCACCACUCUCAGGGAUUUUUAAAUGAGGAGGAAGAGACACAGAAAGGAGAAACCAAUGAAAGCACAGCUUCGUUAGACAUCUUUGGAAAGCCCAUGGUGAUUUGGAAUCCUUUUUUUUUUAAUGGAUAGAUGAGAAUGUUAUUUCAGAAACAAAAAGGCCUCAUCUUUUUUCCCAUAUAUAUAUAUAUAUAUAUGUGUGUGUAUAUAUAUAUAUAUAUAUAUAUAUAUAUAUAUAUAUAUUCACUGCCACCCAGCGUCAGUACAGUUAGACAAAUGAGAGUUUGUUUAAAGAAAUUUAUUGGAAACAUUCUUUAUAUUGUUUCUACCCUUGAGCAAGAGCGUAAGUCAUUGAGCAGUAUAGAAACUUGAGUUGUGAAAUACUUUCAUAUAUAAGGAGAUAAUAAUGUAUAUAUCAGUGGACACAUUUCAUCACACACCUAAGACUGGAUUUUAAAAGUUUCUCCAUUUUCUAAUAAAUAGGCAAUUUUAAAAUUUAUUUGACAGAGAUUGAUUUCCCAUCUGCUGGUUCUUUCCCCAAAUGCCUGCCAAGGCUGGGGCAGGGCCAUGGCCAAGGCUGGAGCCAACUACUCAAGCAGUCAUUGCUGCUCUAAGCUCUGCAUCAGCAGGAAGCUGAAGUCGGGAGCCAGAAUUGGACAUGGAGCCCAGGCAUGCCAAUGUUGCAUGUGUAUCCCUGCCAACAUUUUAACUGGCCACCUGGCCCUCUGCAUGUGGGAUGAGGAUGGUCGUGUAACUAUACACAGUGUGGCCCAGAUGAGUCCUCAUUCUUCCCUCUGGUAUUUCUCAACUUCUUUAAUAUACUCCCUGUAUAUUUUUUUCUCCCAUAUUCUAUGACCUGCUGGCAUUACUGCAGGGAUGUAAGGCUUGUUCAUGUUGAAAAAAAAAUAUGGGGGCUGGUUCAAGUCCUGGCUGCUCCACUUCUGAUCCAGCUCUCUGCUGUGGCCUGGGAAAGCAGUAGAAGAUGGCUCAAGUCCUUGGGCCCCUGCACCCAAGUGGGAGACCCAGAAGAAGCUCCUGGCUCCUGGCUUCAGAUCGGCCCAGCUCUGGCCAUUGUGGCCAAUUGGGGAGUGAACCAUCUGAUGGAAGACCUCUCUCUGUGUAACUCUGACUUUCAAAUAAAUAAAUCUUUUUUUUAAAAAAAGAAGAUGGCCCAAAUCCUUGGGUUCCUGCACCCGUGUGGGAGACCCAGAAGCAGCAGCUCUGGCUGUUGCGGCCUUUUGGGGAGAGAACCAGCAGAUGGAAGACCUGUCUUUCUGGCUCUACAUCUCUGUAACUCUGUCUUUCAAAUAAAUAAAAUAAAUCUUUUCUUAAAAAAUUAUGAAUGCUUUGAAACUAAGAUGACUGUGACUUAACCUCUGAGUACAUGAGAAUCACCUGGAAGACUUGUGUAAAAAUUCCAGAGUCCAUGCUUACAGAUUUUCUUCUUUAAAACCCUCACUACUUCCUCCUUUCCUUUCUCUUCCUCCUUAGAGGUCGAGGGCUCCCAUCUCCUGAUUCCCUGCAAUGGCCCUUGGGAACUCAACCCAGAUCUCCCACAUGAGUGACAGGGACCCAGAUGUGGGAUCACCACCUGCUGCCUCCUGGGACGUGCAUUAGCAGGAGGCUGGAAUCCGGAGCAGAGCUGCGAUUCCAAACUAGGCAUUCUGAUAUGGGAUGUGGGUGUCCCAAGCAGCGUCUUAACUACUGUGCCAAGCACUUGCACCUGGAGAUUCUGAUUACCAUUCUAAUUCAGUGGUUCUGAAUGGAGUUAGAAAAGUAGCCUGUGCCUCAUGUCUUGCAGCUGUACUACACACUGUUGUAUGUAUGAGCCAGUGCACACAUUUUGAGAAACCCUGCUUGAGGCUGUGAGCUCUUGGAGGAAUAUGUCUGAAAGUUCAUCAAGAUGCCAUAGUCAAGAACUGAAAUCAUUGAACUGACUUCUGUAAGAUCCUUAAGUAAAUUGUGAGUUAUUAAAUGGAUGAAAGCACAGCAAUUAAAUUUGCUGCUUUCCUGCAGCUUGAUGGAUUAAUUUGCCAGGUGGGGGAAAAAAUCCUUGAGUUGAAGUUGCAGGUCCCAGCCUUCCUGUGUUUUGGGGUUGUUAUUUCCUUAUGUAGCAAAGGGGAGGGUUUCGUUGGUAUCAGCAUUUGGCAGGAAUAGAAAGACAGGGAUCGAGGCCUUGAGUUCUGGUUGAGACAGAUACUGACUGCAGUCGGAAAAACCAGAGUGAGGGAUGUUUACCUCUAGAACACAUCACUGUUAACUUUGCCGUGUGUGUUGUGGUAUUCAUAGAAGCAGGUUACUUCAUAAUAAUAGUACAAAAACAGGCUUCUCCUUCAAAAAGAAAAUACUUGGGUGGCAGUGGUAUGUCAGACAAAGCAGUAAAUACAGAGUUGAACUGAUAAUUUAAUAACCAGGCAAGCCUAAUACAUGGUGAUAAAGGACACAGUAAUGGCCACAUUUGUGCAGGGAAGACGAAUUUAUGCCUGAAAAGCUACCGGCCGUGUUCCUUCUCUUUGCAUAACCAAUGAUUACAUAGGAGGCACAUUUAGGUGGUAUUCCACAUUUGUUUGCUUAAUCUCACUGACUUGUACAUGUAUGAGAAAGAGAAGCAAUUGCAAUAAGUAAAUACUAAUGCACCCACCCCUGCCCCAAACUUAAAAAAAAGGGAACAAAAUCUUAGCUUGUCUUGCUAGAAAGUAAAUUCCAUCCUGUACUUUAGAGGAGAUCAUUAUUUAUAACUUUACUCAUUUUCUUACUUCUACCUCAUAGUUUUUUCUUUUGUUUUUAAACAUUUUUUAAAGAUUUAUUUAUUUUAGUUGAAAGUCACAGUUACACACAGAGAGAAGGAGAGACAGACAGAGGGAGGGAGGAAGAGGUCUUCCAUCUGCUGGUUCA